AGUAGUUGCCAUUUUUUAUGUAAGUUGUCCAAUUUAAUAUUUAUUUUGUUAGUUUAAUUUAUAUAGUAUAAAAUGUACUUUAUACAUAAUAAGACAUUAAGUUUUUUUUGUUAAUAUCACUAUUUUGCUUUUGAUUUUUCAUUUUACUAUAGUAGUUUCAUUUGUCAAAUGUUAAUAUUUCUUCUAUUAGUUUAAUUUAUAUUGUAUAUGCAAUUAUUAUAGAUUUUUUUUAUAAUAUUAACAUAUUUUUAGAAAUAUUAUAUUUUGAUUGGUUGUUUGUAUCGUGACACAAAAAAAGAUUGGUUGUUUGUAUAAGAAAGUUUCAUGUUUUGUUUUUUUUUGUUACUUUUAACUGUUUUAACAUUAAUUUACUAUUCAAUUUUGGUAUAAAAUAUUUUUAGAUUUAUUGUACAUUAAAAAAAUGUAAGUUGUUUGUUAAUAUUAAUAUUUUUUGAUUUUCCAUUCUACUAUAGUAGUUGCCAUUUGUUAAGUAAGUUGUCAAUUUUAAUAUUUAUUUUGUUAGUUUAAUUUAUAUUACAUAUGUACAUACUAAUUUCGUUUUUAUUAAAUAUGUAAUUUUGGAAAUAUUAACAUAUUUUUUUAAAUGAUGAUUUGGCAUAAUGUUGAUUUGUCAAAAUAGCAAACUAAAAUGUAAUUUAAAUUCUUUUAGAAAUAGCAAAUUAAAAUGUUGAUUUGUGAUAUUUUGAUUGACGGUUUAACAUCCUACGUGUACUCUCUCAAUUACUUAUAGCUUCAAUGUUCAUAUAGUAUAGAUUUUAUAAACUUCCUAAAGAGAGGUAGGUAAUCAAUAUGAGGGUAGUGGUCACUAUUAAUAUCACCAUUGAAGUAGAGUAAAGAUAAGAAAUUGGAAACAAAUGUUUUUUUCAUGUGUGAAGAGACAUCGAUAUUUUAGAAAUCGGAAAGUUCAACUUUAUUUUAUAUGUAGUUCGUAACCAAAAAAAUAUAAACGCAUAAUAAGCUAAUGACUGAUGUGAACAAAAUCAGAAAUCUGAUUGGUGUGAAUAAAAUUGCUGAUGUAGCAUAUUUCAAUUAUGGCCUUCAAAAUAAGCCAUUUUAUAUUGUAUAGAUUUGUGUGUGUUUUGGUUUUCAAUUUUUAUUUCAUGGAGAUAUAGUUUUUGAACUUUAAACUUGUGCAUAAAGACUGAUAUAAAACUUUCAAACGGUGGAGCAUUAGUAUGAAAAGUUAUAUGUCAGCCCUCACUACUACUCUCAGUUUAAAAUUUAAAUAGAAUUUUUUUUUUAAUAACAACAGUUUAAAUAGAUUUUGUACAAUCGAAGCGUUUUUCAACUACUUGCAUUACUAAUAAUAAAUGCACUAAUAAUAAUAAAAAGUUAAAAACCCAAAUAAAUUAGGGCGGCAAAAAAAAAAGAACCCUCACCAGUAUAAAAAUCCGCGCCACGGGAGGGAGAAGAACCCAAAGUGUCGACCUUUGCGAUUCUCUUUUCAUCAAAUUCAAUGCCUUUCUGGGGUUGGUUCAAUCGUUUCUAUAAUUUUUAUUUCUCAAAAACAAAUAUUAUCAACAAAUAAUCGAUGAUUCGUGUGUGUGUUUGCAGGAGUUGAAGUGAAGCCAGGAAAGCCUUUCACUCUCAAGGCUAAUACUAAUGAUUCAAAAAGACUUCACCUUUCCCAGGUCUUUUUACUUUCUGAUUUCGCAAUUUAUGUCCCCUUUUAUUUCAUCUGUUUGGUUAAAAUCUUCCGGGCCACAUUGGGGAUGACGAGUAAUAGUGGAACAACAAGCAGAAGCAUUCUUCAGUGUAACGCUGGGAACAAAAGUCCACUCUUCUUAUGUGUCCUGUCUCCUGAAAAGGUUGACACUUGCCAACUCAAUAUCGAGUUUCAAGAAGCUGAGGAUGUUAUCUUCUCUGUAAUCGGUCCGAGGAGUGUUCACCUCACUGGCUACUUCCUCGCAAGGAAUGGCACCGGCGGUUUAAGUCUAAAUGAUGAAGAUUCGGAGUCAUUUGGAGAAGACAUUGUUGACACAGACGUGGAGAAAGGUAGCAGUGAUGAUUAUGACUAUAGUGAUAGUUUCAUUAAUGAUGAUGAUGAUGAUGAUGAUGAUCAAUCUGCCCGCGCUUCUGACGAUGAUGAGUGUAUGUUUUUCACUAAACUUGAACUGUUGGCUGUAAUCAUCAGAGUUACUACUUGUACACUUGAGAUUACUUAUUGUGCUUGAAAUGUUCUUUUUCUUUGCCUCUAGUAUCAUUGGUCUUUGUAAGUUAAUUGCAAAUUUAGUUAAGCUUGAUUCUCUCUACCGGCGUCUUUUCAUGGUACAUAUAUAAUACUUGUGUUUAUCUGAAAUUAGUUUUAGGGUAUUGAUCCUUUUUUCAGUGUUUGUUAAGGAGAGGGUAGCUAAAACAAAGGCUAAGAAGAAAAGUAAAAGACUGAGGAAGAAGUUUCCAGUCUCUGAUUCAGAUUCUGAUGCCAAUGAGGACUCCGUAGAAAUACUUAGCAACGAUAAUGAUCACAAGAUCCCAAAGGUCCUUUCUUCAGAGGUUCCUUUUCCUUCAAAGGUUACAUGUUCGACUUUGGAGAAUACAUCAGAAGCAAUGGAGAAGAAGGAGGAUAAACUAUCUGGUGACGUUGAUGAACUUUCUCCCCUUAAGAAAGGCUCUGAAGUGCUUCCGAAGAAGAAGAAGAAGAGAAACAAGGAAUCAGUUGUUAUUAACACAGACGAAGCAGAAGAAAAAGAUAUGCCAGGGACUGACAAAGCAAUAGAAUCAUCAACUGAUGUAACUCUAUCAAAGAAAAAGAGAAAGAAAGAGAGGAGAGAGGAGACUACAGGGAGGAAGAAACAAGCUACCGAAAAGAACAUAAAGAAAGAAGCUAGUGUUAAGAAACUACCAGAAUCAGAGAUUUCUCCAAAUAAGGUGGCAACUGAAGAGAUUGAAAAAGGAAAGUUAGAUGGUAAAGUAGCUGUACAAGGGAAAAAGGUGAGCAUACUCUAUACUGGGAAGUUAAAAGACAGUGGGAAAGUGUUUGAAUCAAACUUGGAAGAAGGUCCACUAAGAUUUCGCUUAAUUAAAAAUAUCUUUGAUAAUUGUCAAUGUGUUAUAAAUCCAUGAUAUGGAUAUGUGGAUUGCCAUUAACCAUCAAGGAGGUUUACAUCCGUCCAGACUAUCCAGUCCGUCUACACCCGUCUCCGGUUCGUCUCAUCCGUCCAAGACUAGUCAAGAUGAAGACUCAUUCAACCGGAGCAUUUAUGAGCUUUGACCAAGUCUAGAUAUUUGUAGUCAAAUGUAUUAAAUGUGUAGAUUCUCUCCUUUGUGUAAACCCUUAUGAACCUCCACUAUAUAUUGAUAGUGAGAGCUAAUGAGAAAUACACAACUUUCACAA